AAGCAGGGACAUUCAUAAUGGUAGAAUGCAUCGUCAAAACAAUGUAGAGAAAAUCUCUGCGAAAACAUAGCAAGAAAGCCAUCGCCAACUGUAGCUGCAUGAUAACUCAUGUUGCUAGCUGGCUGGUAACAUCAAGCGGAGAGGUCACGGUUGUGUAGCUUGCGAGUUUUACUACUGCCUGUCGAAAGUAGGCUACUACAGCUACGUCUACAAGUGCUAGUUAGAUCGUGACAUUUUAUGAUGACAUAGUUCAAAUGUUUUUGUAUGGGACUGAAUCGCAGAAGGUGGCAGCAAGCCAGUGACAAUAUGACUCUUGCAACUGUGCCAGUUGUCCACUGCUGUUGUCACCGCAAAAGCUGGCUGCACUCGACAGCAAGAGGGUUUCUCUGUCCCAUGCCUCAGACCAUUACAUUUUACAACCAGCUGGUGACAAGCAACAAGAACCAUGAAUAGAUACACAACUCUCAGGCAACUGGGCGAUGGCACCUAUGGCUCUGUCAACCUUGGACGUAGCCUGGAGUCAGGAGAGCUCGUCGCUAUCAAGAAGAUGAAGAAAAAGUUUUAUUCUUGGGAGGAGUGCAUGAAUUUAAGAGAGGUUAAGUCCUUGAAGAAGCUCAACCAUGCCAAUGUGGUCAAAUUGAAGGAGGUGAUCCGCGAAAAUGACCACCUAUACUUUGUGUUUGAGUACAUGAAGGAAAACCUCUAUCAGCUUAUGAAAGAGAGAACUCGGCUGUUUCCCGAAUCUGCUGUGAGGAAUAUUAUGUUCCAGAUACUGCAGGGCCUUGCCUUCAUUCAUAAGCAUGGCUUUUUUCACCGCGAUCUGAAGCCUGAAAACCUGCUGUGCAUGGGUCCGGAGCUGGUGAAAAUAGCUGACUUCGGUUUGGCCCGGGAAAUCAGAUCCCGUCCUCCUUACACAGACUACGUCUCCACCAGAUGGUACCGAGCCCCAGAGGUCCUGCUCAGAUCCACCACCUACAGUUCUCCCAUAGACCAGUGGGCGGUGGGCUGUAUUAUGGCCGAGCUCUACACACUCAGGCCCCUAUUCCCAGGAUCCAGUGAGGUUGACACCAUGUUCAAGAUCUGCCAAGUCCUAGGAACACCCAGGAAGAAUGAGUGGCCAGAGGGGCAUCAGCUGGCAGCCGCCAUGAACUUCCGCUGGCCGCAGUGCGUGCCCACCAGCCUGCGGAGCCUGAUCCCCAGCGCCAGCGCGGAGGCCAUCCAGCUGAUGAAGGACCUGAUGCCGUGGGACCCAAAGAAGAGACCAACCACCAGCCAGGCCCUCCGGUACUCCUACUUCUAUGUGGGCCAGGCCCUGGGCACGCCACAGCAGGUCCUAGAUCAGGGCCGACCACAGGCCUCUCAGCCCCUCCAGCAGCAGCAGAAGCAGCAGCAGCCACAGCCACCACAGUUAAGGCCCGUCCCCCCGGCACAGCCGCCCACACAACUCCAGCCCCAGCCCCAGCCUCAGCCCCAGCCUCCCCAACGGCCCCUGCAGCAGAUCCAGCCCCCAUCUGCUCCACUGUACCAAAGGCACUCUGAGCUAAUUUCGGAUCCUUCCAUCUGCACUGUGAAGCAACAGCAGCAGGCACAGCAGGAUGAGGGUGAGCGAGGACUUCCGGCACGCUUUCCUUUCAUCCAUGACGCAGGCACCCACAGCCAGGAGUCGGAGAACGCAAACUUCUCAGGUUUUCCCACCAAGCCCAAAGCGGGCCGCAGGAGAUGGGGCCACACAGCGGGUGCGUUGAAAGACGACUGGGAUGAUUAUGAAGACAUUGAGACUACUGUUACACUCCUGGGCAAAACAAGCCACUCCAGUGAGAGACAGAGACAAGGGGAGGAGGCCUCAAGCAGGUUUGGAAACGUGUCAAACUUCAGUCCCACCAUUGGCAGGAAUGACGUUCCCGCAAAUUUGAAUAAUAUACUGGGCUAUCAGGACCAAUCGAGGACUGCCUCAGCCAAACAACACUACUUGAAGCAGUCAAGAUAUUUACCAGGGCUAAGUACGAAAAAGAAUGUGGCAAUAAGUUCAACGAAAGACUUCAGUGGAAACAAUCUUUGGGGAACCAGUACUGUUCCCAUUGGGGGGACUCUUCCCCUCCGAGGACCUCACGGAAUGAAUACACUCCCAAGUGGGUACACACCCUCGUUUUACAAAAAAGAGCCCGGCCCUGCAAACCCAAGAGUGCAGUUGGCCCCCAUCGGUGAUUCAAAAACAACAAGUUAUGCAACAUGGAGGUCCAGCCGGAGUCAGACAGGGGCAGCCUCCUAUGUGUCCUCGCCCACCAAGAGCACUCCUGCUAUGAGGCCGCGCCCCCCUGUGAACCCUGUACAUGGGCGGACGGAUUGGUCUGCCAAAUAUGGCCACAAUUAAAUGCCACCCUCAACGGAUGUCUUGGCCUUAAAACUGACUGUAUUAAUAUUUUCCCUUUGUGGUUUUGUAACUUGUUCCAACUCUGUACAUAAUGAUGUAUAUCAAACAGCAAUAAUAUUUGUUUUGUAUUCCUCCUGUAUAUUGUGGGUGUAAAGUUUUUUUUUUAUAUGUGUCAAAAUAUGCACAAAUAAGCCAUGUUGUCAGUGUUGUAUGUUACUGUAUUUUAAUUUUGCCAUAUAUACAUAUAUGGGCUUAUUUGAGAACUUUUGAGUGUUGGCAAAUGCAAUUUGUUUAUGCAACUAUUUUGUUGUCUAAAGUGAUGUGCAUAAGCUGUAGGUUGGAUUACAUAUUAACACAGUAUAACCCUAUAUAUCCUGAUUUUCUCCACCCCCUUAUCAAUGUGUAGUCACAUUUCCUGACAUAGAAACAUGCAUGCAAUACAUGCAAACGUGGUAUGUAGUAUACACAUUAAACGUCAAUGUGCCUGUGUUGGUAUUAUUUUUUUUGUUUGUUUGAUUUUUAAUAUUAUGACUUUUUUUUAAAUGCCAUGGAAUUUCUAUGGGCUUUUUGUCAAAAAUGUAUCGUCAUUGUCUUCAUUAGUGACAUUAUUAUUAAAGUGUUUUUUUUCCCCUUUUUACUGAG